AUGGACAACUAUUACACGUCCCCUGAACUCUUUCAGGAACUUGAAAGUUCCGAAACAUAUGGGUGUGGAACAUUACGAGUGAACCGAGUUGGUACACCCUUGGCCAUCAAGAGUAAGCGUAAAUUAAAUGAAGGUGAAGUUGUGUUUCGCCGAAAGGAUAAUCUGCUGGCCAUGCGCUACAAAGACAAGCGGGAUGUGACUAUCUUGACGAAUUUCCAUGAGGCAAACAUGGCAGUGUUGGAAAAACGUGAUUAUCGGACUGGUGAUAAUGUCCGAAAACCUAAGUGCAUAGUUGACUAUUGCAAACACAUGGGUGGUGUAGAUCUUUUGGAUCAGUUUGGACACUAUAACUGCCUGACCAGAAAGUCUAAGAAAUGGUGGAGGAAGUUAUUUUUCUACCUUGUCAACAUGACUUUUGUGAACAGUUACAUAUUGUACAAGAAGUUUGCUGUCGGCGAGAAGAAACUGGACCAUGACAAGUUCAGAUCUGCCAUUAUCUGUUCCUUGUUGGAAGAAGCCGGGGAUGUGGCAUGUAGGCAGGUUAAAAGAGGGCGACCAGUCCUUGGGGAGAUUCCAACACGUAUGGUCUCCAGGUGCUUUCCGGAGUACAUCCCAGCCAAGGAAGGUGCGAAACGAGCGAGGCCCCUACGUGACUGUGUGGUGUGUAACCCAAAGAAGAAGGAGCGGGAUGGACAUAAGCGUGUCAUGACAUCAUUUUGGUGUCCAGAGUGCCAGGUUGCACUUUGUGUGAACCAGUGUUUCAAGGACUUUCACACAAAGAAGAACUUCAAGUAG